AUGCUUUCUGAGCAGACGCGCAGCAUUGUGAAGGCGACAGUGCCUGUUCUCGAGCAACAUGGUACCACCAUAACGUCAGUAUUCUACAAGAAUAUGCUUUCUAAUCACAAGGAGCUCCUCAACAUUUUCAACAAAACCAAUCAGUCCAGAGGGUUGCAGCCCACUGCGUUGGCCACAACGGUGCUGGCAGCUGCCAAAAAUAUUGACAACUUGGAAGUUCUUUUACCUCAUGUUGUGCAGAUCGGUCAUAAGCACCGUGCGUUGCAGGUGCUUCCAGAGCACUAUCCUAUAGUUGGUGAGAAUUUAUUAGGCGCAAUCAAAGAAGUACUUGGAGAUGCGGCCACCGAUGACAUCAUCAAUGCGUGGGCUGAGGCAUAUGGCGCAAUUGCCCAGGUAUUUAUCGACGUUGAGGCCGGCCUGUACAAGGGCGCCGCUUGGAGUGGCUGGAAACAAUUCAAGAUUGCCAAGCGUGAGAACGUGACAAACGAAAUCGUUGAGUUUACUGCCGUUCCAUCAAAAGACUCCGGACUUGAUCUCUCGAAGCCUCUGUUUGUUCCUGGACAGUAUGUGACUGUCAAGACGCACCCUACUAAUGACGACAACAAGUACGAUGCAUUGCGUCACUACUCCAUUUGCUCUUCAUCGAGCAAUGACGGUUUAAAGUUUGCCGUGAAACGAGAGCAAGAAGCAGGACAUUCUGGCCUAGUCUCUACUUUUCUCCAUGACAGCGUUAAAGAGGGAGACGAUAUUUACUUGAGUGCACCAGCGGGAGAUUUUAUGCUCGACAACGAGCUGAAGAAGCAAAACGAAGUGCCACUUGUUUUAUUGAGCGCAGGAGUUGGUGCCACGCCUUUGGUCUCAAUGCUCGAGGAACAAGUGAAGGUCAACCCCGAACGGCCCAUUUUUUGGAUCCAAUCAGCUUACAACCGGGAAAGACAGCCAUUUGUCUCUCGCAUCGAGAAAUUGCUUGAUAAAUGCAGCAAUAGUAGUAUUGAAUCUGUCUACACACAGAACAUGCCCCGCAUAAGCUCGGCCUACCUCUCAGAAAAACUCCCAAAAAACUCAGAUGUAUACAUUUGCGGUUCUUUUGAGUUCAUGUCUGCGAUUAUUAGCAUGCUCAAGGCUCUUGAACACAGUGAUGAAAGAGUUCACUACGAGCCUUUUGGUCCAAAGAUGGCGACCGGAGCUUGA